AUGAUGCCGCUUCGUAACCAAAAUCGCCCUCCACGCAGUCCAAACGCCAAAAAGGAAGCUCUCUCCAGUAGUAUUCCUUUUGACAGGCGAAGGAAAAUCGAAACGCAAGCUACUGGAAGAAGGCAAGUGCUCACAACAGUGAACAGACAAGAUGUUACUGCGAACAGCGAUGUGGGCAGCACAGAGGAGUGUGGUAAAGUAGAGUUUACUAAAGAUGAAGUGUUGGCUUUGCUUAACGAGAGAGCUAAAGCUGGAAAAUUUGACACUAAGGCUAAGAUUGAGCAAAUGACUGAUAUUAUCAAAAGACUUAAGGUUUGUGUUAAGUGGUUUCAACAAGUGGACGAAACCCAUGUCCAGGAGAAGGAUAAUCUUCGUUCUUCUGUGGAAUGUGCAGAGAAAAGAUGCAGUGAUAAAGAGCUGGAGGCAAAGACCAAAGAAGAAGAGCUACAAGCAACUAUAGCAGAGAUGAAGGAGAACAUAGCGUCACUACAAGAAAAGUUCUCAAAGGAGGAGUUGAGCAAGUUGGAUGCAAUUGAGAACCACAGAAGAGAAAAAGAAUGUAGAGUUGCAGCUGAGAAGCUUCAGGAUUCUCUUAGAGAAGAGCUUGACAAAGUGAAAGAAGAGAAAAUGGCUGCGAAGCAUAAGGUGACGUCCCUGGAAGAUAUGUACAAAAGGCUGCAAGAGUACAACACAAGCUUGCAACAAUAUAACACAAAACUCCAGACUGAUCUUGAAGCAGUUCGAGAGGCACACACUCGUGCUGAGAAAGAAAAGUCAAGUAUACUAGAGAACCUUACUACACUAAGGGGUCACAGUAAAUCUUUACAAGAUCAACUGGCAUCAAGCCGAGUUUCACAAGAUGAAGCGGUAAAACAAAAAGAGUCAUUGCUGAUGGAAGUCAAAAACCUUCGGAGUGAGCUCCAACAAAUCCGGAACGAUCGUGAUCGCCAGGUUGCACUGUCACAAAAGCUGGCGGAUGAGAUACUGACGUAUAAGGAGAGUGUUGGAAAGUCAUCUCAUGAAUUGGAUAUUUUGAUAGCAAAAUCAGGAUCUUUGGAGGAAACAUGUUCAUUGCAAAAAGAGCGUAUUAAAAUGUUGGAGCAGGAGUUAGCUUUUGCUAAAGAAAAGCUAAAGAUGGUAGAUGCGUCUAUGUCUCAUACUAUGACAGAAUUUGAGGAGCAAAAGCAACGUGUGCAUGAACUGCAAGAUCGCCUUGCAGACACAGAGCAUAAACUUGGCGAAGGAGAGUUGUUACGGAAAAAGCUUCACAACACCAUCCUUGAACUUAAAGGUAACAUACGUGUGUUCUGCCGAGUGCGGCCGUUGCUACCAGAUGAUGGAGGUCGCCAAGAGGCCUGUGUUAUUGCGUACCCCACUGCAUCUGAGUCUCUUGGGAGAGGCAUUGAUGUUGUUCAAAGUGGUAACAAACAUCCUUUCACCUUCGACAAGGUCUUUGACCACGGAGCUUCUCAGGAGGAAGUGUUCUUUGAGAUAUCUCAACUUGUACAAAGCGCAUUGGAUGGCUAUAAGGUGUGUAUAUUUGCAUACGGUCAGACAGGUUCGGGCAAAACCUACACCAUGAUGGGCAGACCUGAAAAGCCAGAACAGAAAGGACUCAUCCCACGGUCACUUGAACAAAUAUUCGAAACCAGUCAGUCUCUUAGUGUACAAGGAUGGAAAUACAAGAUGCAGGUCUCAAUGUUGGAAAUCUACAAUGAGUCCAUUAGGGACUUGCUUACUACGAACCGUACCAUUUCUAUAGAGCCUGUUGCGCGAGUAGACAGUAACACCUCUGGAAGGCAGUAUGCAAUCACACAUGAUGUUAAUGGAAAUACUCAUGUUAGUGACCUAACAAUAGUAGAUGUAUGCAGCAUUGGACAAAUUUCCUCACUCUUGCAGCAAGCUGGCCAGAGCAGGUCUGUUGGUAAGACACACAUGAAUGAGCAGUCAUCAAGGAGUCACUUCGUGUUCACUCUUCGGAUUUCUGGCGUGAAUGAGAGCACUGAACAGCAAGUACAAGGAGUUCUUAACCUCAUUGACCUUGCUGGAAGUGAGCGACUAUCAAAGAGCGGAGCAACAGGAGAGCGGUUAAAGGAGACACAGGCUAUAAACAAAAGCUUAUCUGCCUUGAGUGAUGUUAUAUUUGCAUUGGCAAAGAAAGAGGAUCACGUUCCUUUCAGAAACUCAAAGUUAACAUAUCUGCUCCAGCCAUGUUUAGGAGGAGACUCAAAGACGUUGAUGUUUGUGAACAUAUCACCUGAUCCAUCUUCUACUGGAGAGUCCCUUUGCUCUCUUAGGUUUGCAGCUAGAGUGAAUGCAUGUGAGAUUGGAGUACCUCGCAGACAAACUUCCACAAAACUCCUCGACUCUCGCCUAAGUUACGGUUAA